AUGGAGCAGCAGCAGCACCAGUCUGAUGUCUCUCCUCGCCUCAGUCUGACAGGUGACAGGUGAGCCUCGCUCCUGUUUUCAGGGACAAUGCUGCAACCUGCAGGAGAAACGCCGGAACAGCACACCUGUCUGCGGGGCAGUCACGUGGCUCCAAUCCUCCCAGACAGCAUCCUCAUAUUGUUGACAUCCUUGUUGUCAUGACGCGCAUCCUCCGUGUUUGUAAGCAAUUUUUACAUUCGGACCAGGUGGACACGAUGCAGGCAGGUCUCAGGAUCUGUCUGACUGACUGACUGACUGACUGCAGAUCGAACAGGACCCCUCGGUGUUAUGAAACCAAACUUUUAAAGCAGCAGGCACAAUGUUAGGAAGUCCAAACAGUCUGUCACUCCGGCAAACUGAACCGCGCCUGACCCCCAGACUCCCGGAGAGGGAGCUCAGGAAACCGAGUCAGAGCAGCAAGAAAAGCCCGAGCAGAAGAGAGAGACAAUAUCACCGAGAGAGUGUUUUCAUUCAGCGCGUUUUGCUGAUUAUAGGCCCACAGAUGGAGCAUUUGAGACAUUUGUAAUUAUCGUUUCAUUUAGUUAUGUUUGGAGAUAUUUCCUGAUGAUCAUUCUGACUUCUUUGUGGUUUUCCUGGUUCAGUUUUAGGCCGCAGACGUUUGAUUCUGAAGUGGCCUGGAGUGGGUUUCCUGAGGUCAGGCAGCCGGACAAACAGUUUCUCUAAAUCUUCAUAUAUUUGAUGGGGGACAAACCACAUUUUUCUGCGCUAAUAUGAAAACAAACAGGCGGCCUCAUUGUGUCGACAGCGGGGGCUCAUAUGGGCCUUCAGCCGGGACUGUUCUUCAAAGACAGCCCCCUCCAUCAAAAACACCUCUGAAUAGUUUUCGUGGCGGCUGUUGAUCACUCGAGAUUUGCAAAAGGCUAAAUUAGGAGCUCAUAUAAUCUCGGUGCGUAAAAAAACACGAGCCGGAGCGCCUUCUUCAAAGCUUCCCAGAACAAAGAUCUCCUCUGCGGGCCGAAGCAUCCUGAUCUCCGCGGGGGUCAUAAGUUUUGAUGUCGCAGGAAAUUUCUGGGGGCCGUUAAGUUGUGUGUGUGUGUGUAUGUGUGUGUGCGUGGGUGUGUAUGUGUGUGUCACGGUGGAAAAUGAUUUUAUCCGCACAUCCUUUGUUGCGCAAAGUGCAAAAGGUUAUUGUUGGAGGUUAUUGUUUGGAAAAUCCUGCGGGCUAUAUCUGAACUUAACUUAAGACAAGGUUGUGUGGGCAAACACGUGCACGGAGGCAGAUUUGAGAGUGUGUGAAAUAAAAAGUGAAAAUGUGGAAAACGCACCAUCUAGUAUCAAAAUCACCAAAAGUCCCCAUGCACCGAUAAAAGACGAUUAAUCGAAAUAAAAUUCUACGUCUUAAAAAUGAUCCACAACACAACCAAACGUCUCUCUUUAACGCCACUGACUCAGAUCUCUGCGCCUUUUCCCCCUCCAAAGUUCACUGAUCUCCGCUCCGUCGCUGCACGGAUGUUGAUAUUACCUUUAUGGGAUAUAUAACUCCAUCAUGUUGGACAAAUCUGUGUGUGAUGUCUCCAUAGGGGAGGAAACUGUCGACGCCCGCUCGCCUAAUUUCGCUUUUCUCUCUCUAAUGAACGCGGGGCCCAUGGGACCGGCUCUGGCCCGGGGCGGUAAGCUGACACUGGCGCGCUGUGUGUGGUAUCCAGGGCCGGGCUUGAUGGAAAAAGCCUGCUUCCACUCAUGUCAAAGUCAUUUACUCAGAGCAACCCCCCGCUUACACACGCACACAGCAAAAGACCACCACCACCACCUCUCCAUCUCUCACACUCCUCGGCCCAGCCCGGCACCGCGACAGUUUGUUUUUGUUAUCCUCUGGACCAGUUUGGGAGGAAAUUAUGAGCAAAAUAACACAAAUAACACAAGAUGGUGCGCUUUCAUUGUCUCUCUGCUGCAGAUUCCACGCAGGCCCUCUAUAGUGAGUGUUUCGGAGUUGUGGUUUCUGUUGCACAUUGGACUUUUUGUGCACAAAGUAUCGUGUAGGUUCAUUCGUCUGAUCUGUGGCACAACAGGCUGAAAUCACAGCUCCAUACUCGCAGGACCAGAGGGGGAAAAAUCUCAUUUUUUAAACUUGUGCGUCUGGCGUGUGGCGCUGUUGAUUGGGAUGUCUGGGGGAGGUUUGAUAGAUGGCUUAAUUGCGUGUAGUCCGAGCUGGGAGCGAGGGAGUGGGAGGGGGGAGGAGAGAAGACGAAGAGGGGAGAGAAUAAGGGGCUUUAACGCUGCUGAGAGCGCUAAGUGGACUUGGGCCAGAUUUGGCGAGAGGGCGGAGGGGGGUGGCUCUAUUCGUCACUGAUUUCAGGGAGAUUUGCAGGAGCAGAGUGCGGAUGGGGAGAGGGGUGGUGGGGGGGCUCUCACAGAGGGAACAAAGAUUUAUGAAAUGAUAGGUGGUCGAGCUUUGUUUGGCUGGACUGUUCCGCGCAAUAAGUCCAAGGGUUUUCGUGUUUCCUCCACUUGAGGGACUAUCGAGGCGCUCGAUGGCCACCCGGUGCUCCACUUAGCGCCGCUGUGACACCCAGUGGAGCCUCUGUGUCCUGGACACUCAGUCUCCAGUGGAUAAGCAGCUCCCCCCACUCUCUCUUCCUCUUCCUCUCUCUGUCAGUGCGUACUCGCCGUGCGUUCUGCAUGCGUCAAGGGAGCACUGUGCGUAACGGGAGAGUCGUGCGUAACAGGAGACAGAUUUCUCUCCAUUUUGCGCCUGGAUUCUGAGGACCACUGGUGGUGUAACGCUCACUUGCACGGACACUGACGGCGGGAUCUCGAUUUAUUUCUCUACUUCAACAUCUCCCGGCUCGUCUUCUUCUCCUCUCCCUCCCUCUCUCUCUCCCUCUCUCUUUUCUACGCCACUUGUACGUCAGAGCUGACAUGACGACCGAGACCCCUCAGCAGCAGCUGGACCCUCCGCCUCCUCUGAGAUCCAGCCCGGCGUCCGGCGUCCUGCACCCCGCCAUGCUGAGCCCACAAGCCGCCUCGGAAAGUUCGUCCAGCGCCAUUAAGGGGAAGAAGACGAGCUCCGGUUUGAGACGACCGGAGAAGCCCCCGUACUCCUACAUCGCUCUCAUCGUGAUGGCGAUCCAGAGUUCCCCCACCAAACGACUGACACUCAGUGAGAUCUACCAGUUCCUCCAGGCGCGCUUCCCGUUCUUCAGGGGUUCAUAUCAGGGCUGGAAGAACUCGGUCCGGCAUAAUCUGUCGCUGAACGAGUGCUUCAUCAAGCUGCCCAAGGGGCUGGGCAGGCCGGGGAAAGGCCACUACUGGACCAUCGACCCGGGCAGCGAGUUCAUGUUCGAGGAGGGCUCGUUUCGGCGCAGACCGAGAGGCUUUAGAAGAAAAUGUCAAGCUCUGAAGCCCAUGUACCGGAUGAUGAACGGGAUAGGCUUCGGCACCUCCAUCCUCCCGCAGAGUUUUGACUUUCAGGGUCCCUCCGCCACCCUCGCCUGUCACAGCAACGGCUACAACUUGGACAUGAUGAGCAAUUCAAUGGCCGGGGGGUAUGAUGGACUGAGCGGCGGCCACCACGUACCCCACAUGUCCCCCAGCCCCGGGUCCACGUACAUGGCGAGCUGUCCAGUGCCGCCGAACGGGGAGUACGGACCGGACAGCAGCAGCAGCCCCGUGCCCUCCUCUCCGGCCAUGGCCAGCGCGCUGGACGGACACUCUCCAUACGCCAGCACGUCUGCACACUGGGCGUCCUCCGGAGGGUCUCCCUACAUCAAACAGCAGCCCCUCGCCUCCAGCAGCCCCGCAUCCUCCGGUUUACACUCCGGCAUGUCGCCUUACUCCCUGGAGCAGAGCUAUCUCCACCAGAACAGCAGGGACAGUCACUCCAGCGACAUUUCAGGUACACCUUCGAGACUCCUUCUGGGUGUUAUGGUCGAAUUAUCUGACCGAUCAUAAAAAUAAAACACCAAAAACAAACGAAAAACGAUAAAUUAUCGUGUUUCUCACAAACUACAAUAUUAUUUUAUUCCUAUAUGCAGGAGUGUGAAAUUAAAAACAGCAUAAUCACGUAAAAUUAAGUGUUGAUUACUGUAAAUUAAUCAAGAUCCAAAUCAGAUAUUUUUGUUCUUAUGUAAAGAAAAUAAAACUAAAUUAGAGUUUGUAUAUUUACGCAGUGUUAAAGCUUUUUAUUGAACUCCCAUAAAGUGGACUCCACUCUAAUUAUUUACGUCUUAGUGGACACUAAACUUUCCUUUUGGAUAUAAGAAAAUAAUUUGCAAUAGUUAAGUGAAUGGAUUAUUAAAUUAAAGCAGUUUAAUCUUGAUUAUAAUCCAACAGUUACAUGUAUUUUUAUCCCACUGGAGGAAAAUAAGAGUCUGCAGGUUUUAAGGCCAGAUGGAUCCUGAGAUUUCAGCCCCAGAAGCUGCUAAUGUUGGACCUGCAGGACGCCUCUUUCCUCCAAACUCUGCAGGAUUUUCUAAACCACAUCUGUGCGAGUUUUUUCACGGGAUAUUCUGCCUAAUAAUCAGAUUAAGAAAAGCAGCUAUUUAGUGAUUCACCUCCCCUGUUCACGCUCAUUUACUUUAACACAACACGCCGAGGCUUUACGAAAGUCUGGGGAUUUCACCGAGGCGAGAAACCAUGCUGGAGCCCCGAAAGGGUUCCAGAGGUUAACCAAACAAAGGCUGUGCAGGUCGGACCACACCGGCGGAGGAUUUCAAACCGCCGAGUAUCCACCAGAGACGGAAGGCCUUGUUAAACUUUACGCAGCGUCUUAAUUGAGCCUGUAGGAGGAGGAGAAAUGUGCCGGUGAGCGCGGAGCAGGCUCUCUCACACACUGGACUGACAGUCACUGAGGGUUAUGUAGGGCAGCGAGCUGUGGCCCGGAGGAUAAAGCCCGCUGUCUUCCCCUGAAAAACACUCACAUCUGGAGUCCUUAUGACCUUGACGCAUGCAGCCACAGUCUCCCCAUUUAGUUUUCUCUUUCUCAAAUAGAGCCUCACUUACAGACACCAAAUAAUCUCAGGUUGAAUGAAAUUCUGAAAGUUUGGAGGAAAAUCUCUCACGUAGUUUUGUGCCUUUAAAUCUAUUUUUGUCUUUAAAAUAACCAGAUUUUCAGUUAGUGUAACUCUGCUUUAUUAAGGACGUUUGGCAAAAGGACAAAAUUCUACAAUUCAAACAAAAUAAAGUUAAUUCUCAUCAUAAAAGGAGAAAAUACAAAUUUGUUUGGGACUAAAUAAACAUUAAUUUCUCUAUAAAAUAAUAAUAAUAAUGACAGAUUAUGGCCUGAUCGGAUUGAAGAGUCAAUUUAGCACCGUUUUAAAUCCACAUCGUGAAUUCAUGAGAUUAUACUCAAGAAUUUAUAUCAAUUUAUUUUUACUCAUUCGUUUUAAUUUCAAAGAAACUCUCUUUAAUUUUUAAUGUUUUGUUUUAGCCUCCAGCUGGUUUCCGUUUGCAGACACAGACCGAUCACUUGAAACACUUUACAAUUAAUCAUGUGUUGAGUUAUCGCGAUAUGACAUUUCCAGUAAACUCACUGCAAACGUCUUAAUUUAUCUCAGUAAAUAAUUAAAGUUAUUUCACAUAAAAAGUCAUGCUCUUACAGUCAGCAUGUUUCAUAUUUUACCUGCAGGGUGUAGGCCUGAGUCUGAUGGUCACGCUUUUACACCAUUUCGCUGCAGUCAGAUGAAGCUGGAGAAUUAUUAGUCAUGUGCAGUUAAAUUGGUGCCAAAUUAUUGGUGAAAAUUGAUUAAUUUUGGAUUAAAGAUGAACAUUCUGCAGACACAAAUAUAAUAUCAAUAGGAUAGAGCUAAUAGAUGCCGAUUAAUUUCAGUUAAUUGAUCGGAUUUUAUAUCGUUAUUCGAUAAUUAACGAUAUUAUCGCACAUGACAUUUAUUAGGGAUAUCAUGCCGAUGUAACUUUACAAAGCACAAAAAAUAUCGCAUUAACUGCCACAAUAUUAAAACCCUUGUAUUUAUGGUCCAUCAAUGCAUCUUUUAUGUUUAUAGUUAAUGUAACUGGUGAGAUUAUUAGAUUAUUAGAUUAUUAGAAGGCCUCACAUUUUAUUUUAAGGAUAUUUGUCAUUUUUUUACACCGAUUUUUGCUCCAAACAGACUUUUAACUACAGAUACACUGAUUUUAUGGGUUUAAUUUCAUUCACAACUCGGUUUGAAACACCAGAAAUCUAAAAAAAAAAGGUGUUUAUUGGUGAUUGAUGUGUGCACCUAUUGAUCCACAUGUCUCUCUCUCUCUCUCUCUCUCUCUCUCUCUCUCUCUCUCUCUCUCUCUCUCUCUCUCCCUGCAGUGGGGAUCCCUCGCUAUCAGAGCCACUCCUCGGUGUGCGACAGGAAAGAUUUCGUCUUAAACUUUAACGGCAUCUCCUCCUUCCACCCCUCCGCCGGUGGAUCCUACUAUCACCAUCACCACCACCACCACCCGCAGAGCGUCUGUCAGGACAUCAAGCCCUGCGUCAUGUGA